AUGGUAGCUUUAGAAAGAAAAAGAAAGAUAUCUGGCUCUGAGCAACCUAACGGCACCAAAAAAUUUAAGAGUGCAACUUCUUCGUUUGUAUUGCAUUCGUAUUCAAAAUUGCCAGACCUUAAUAGUAUUCCUCUCGCUAAAACUCAACCUUUAGAUGUAUUUGUAUGGGGUACAGGAUCAAUGUGUGAAUUAGGCCUUGGACCUUCUGCUAAAACCAAGGAAGUUAAAAGACCAAGAUUAAACCCAUUUUUGACUAGUGAACAUUUGGGUGAUAGCAAGAUUGUUGAUUUUGCGGCCGGUGGUAUGCAUACUUUAGCCUUGGAUUCGGACAAUAGAGUUUGGUCUUGGGGUGGUAAUGACAGUGGUGUUUUGGGUAGAGAUACUUCGAAAGUUAAGGAAGUUUUGAAGGAUAUGGAUGCUGAUGAUUCUGAAGAUGAUGAUGAUGGUGAUUUAAACGAAGCCGAAUCCACACCGGGUUUAGUUGAAAACUUACCAAAGCUUAAAGGUGCAAAGAUCGUUCAAUUAGCUGCCACUGACAAUUUGAGUGCAGUCUUAUAUGAUAACGGUGAUGUUUAUGCCUGGGGUUGUUUCCGUUGUAAUGAAGGUUUAUUAGGUUUCUUAAGAGAUGAAAUUAAAUUACAAAAAACACCUUUAAAAAUUAAGCAAUUAAAGAACGUUGUUCAAUUAGCAAGAGGAAAAGAUCAUUUAUUAGCUUUGGAUUCAAAAGGUAUCGUUUACGCUUGGGGUAAUGGUCAACAAUUUCAAUUAGGCCGUCGUGUUUUAGAAAGACAUCGUUACAAUGGUUUAGAGCCAAAACAGUUUGGAUUAUAUAACAUCAAAUACAUCGCAAGUGGUGACUUUCACUGCUUUGCUAUUGAUCACGAUGACCAAGUGUACGCAUGGGGUUUGAAUCAAUUUGGUCAAUGUGCUUUAACUGAUUCAGAUGGUAAAUUAGAAGAUGGUUCCUUAAUUACAUCUCCUACCAUUAUUCCUGAAUUAUCGAAAAAGGGUAUUACCCACCUCUGUGCCGGUGAGCAUCAUUCAAUGGCAUUAACUGGGGAUGGUCUGGUUCUCUCUUGGGGUAGAUAUGACAUGAAAGAAGUCGGAAUUCCAAAGGAUAAAUUACCAGAAUCCACCUUCAAAGAUGCGCAUGGAAACGCCAGAUCGGUUCCAACUCCUACUAAGCUUCAAUUUGGAUUGAAGUCUGAUAAUGGUGUCAAAUGUAAGACUAUUGCUUGUGGCUCGCACCAUUCCUUCGCCGUAACUGAUGAUGGUUUUGUGUACGCCUGGGGUUUUGGUGAUACUUAUGCACCAGGUUUAGGUCCAUUAGAGGAGGAUGUUGAAAAGCCAACCAGAAUUGUAAAUACAGCUACAAAAUAUCAUGAUAUUCAGCAGAUAAAUGCCGGUGGUCAAUUUUCUAUAAGUGGUGGUGUUAAAAUUGAUGAUGAAGAUAAAGCAGAAGAUAGAAUAGAGAAAUACGAAGAAAUUGACGGAUAA